AUGGGGGUGAAUGUACUUCUGGUGUAUUUCAAAAUUUCUAAGCUUGCAGGACAGCUGUUUAUAUUCAGAAUCGUAGUUCAUAUCAAAUUUGACAUUCAUGUACCUAAAGAUAAAAGGUCUAAGUUAGAACCUUUAGGCAAGAAGGGAAUUUUUGUUGGCUACCCUGAAUCUUCAAAAGCUUACAGGGUCUACAUUCCGGGUCAAAAGCAGAUUGAAAUCAGCAGAGAUGUUUCAUUUGAAGAAGAUGUAGCUUGCAAAAGAUCCAGAGGGACUACUAUGGAAAUUGAUAGAGAAGAUCAUGAGGCUUCUCAAGACUCGGAUAUUGCUGUCCCUGAUUCUCCUCUUGAGAUUCAGAGGGAGACUCCUGAAUUAGAAGAUCCUAUUGAUCCUGUUGAUCCUAUAGAUUCCAUUGCUGGACCAAGUAAUGUUUCAUUUGACAAAAAGAUACCUUUGUGGGCCAUACAUACUAUGCAAGGGGCUGAAAAAUAUUCAGCCCCUCGUGGUACUUUCAGAGAAAGUAAGAGACCUCAUAAGUUUGUAGGAUAUGUUGCUUUAAUGAGUCAUAUUAUUGAAUCCGAGCCUUCAAGUUUUGAGGUGGCUUCAAAAUAG